AGAUUCUGUUUUCCUCCUGAACCCACAUCACUGCCUUACUUCCCCUGCAGCCUAAUUACCUUUACUACAUCCACCUGUGCUUGAUUGCUUCACCUGCUGUUUUUUUUGUUUCCGUCUCUAUUUAGUCAGCCAGCUAGCCACUCUUAGUUGUCAAGUCCUAUUGUCAUGCUACCCUGUUCUGAACUCCUCUUCCCCUUGUUCCUGGUUCUGCCUAUAAGCCUUGUUGAUUUAUAUGUUAAAAUCAUUCCUCACCCAACUUGCAGCUUCCCUACUCUUGCCUGCGCUUCGGUCCAAACAACAAUACAUCAAACAUGACAGCUUCAAGGUUGCUGUCCCUGGUGCUGAUUACUCUCCAAACAGACCAACAGAACAUUAGGCACAGCCUUUUACUGGUGAAUGCUUUGCGCAUGCGAUGAAGUAAUGCGUGGCUACUUGUUUAAACAGAUGACCACAUCAAGAGAGCAGGUAGGCUGCAUGCGCAUUUUUAAACACUUACUGAAAACCCUUUAAACCAUAAUUCCCGGCUCUAUUUUUUAUUUUAUUUUUUUGCCCGCCUCCGCUACCUUAACGCAACAGGCUGCAGCACCAAUGUGGUGUCUGUAUGCUGAAAAGCCGCACCACCUGUAACUGCAGUCUCCCACCUCUCUAUUAUCCUCCGGACUCCCCAUGCCGACACCGAGGAUGAAGAAGCAGAACGUCCGGACCCUCUCGCUCAUACUCUGCAUGUUCUCCUACCUGCUGGUCGGCGCCGCGGUGUUUGACGCGCUGGAGUCCGAGACGGAGAACUCCCGCAGGCGCAUCUUGGAGCAGAAGCGCAGCGAGAUGAAGAGGAAGUACCGCUUCUCCGAGGACGAUUACCGCGAAAUCGAGCGAGUGGUGCUGCAAGCGGAGCCCCAUCGCGCCGGGAGACAGUGGAAAUUUGCUGGCUCGUUUUAUUUUGCCAUUACGGUCAUAACUACAAUUGGGUAUGGACACGCUGCACCAGGCACAGAUGCAGGAAAGGUCUUCUGCAUGUUCUACGCUGUUCUCGGCAUUCCUCUCACCCUCGUGAUGUUCCAGAGCCUGGGAGAGAGAAUGAACACAUUUGUCCGCUACCUCCUCCACAAAAUGAAGCAGUGCUUUGGUUUCAGACGCACCGAGGUGUCCAUGGAGAACAUGGUCCUUGUGGGCUUCCUGUCCUGCAUUGGAACCCUGUGUGUGGGGGCUGUAGCCUUUUCCCACUUUGAGGGAUGGAGCUUUUUCCAUGCUUAUUACUACUGCUUCAUCACUCUCACCACUAUUGGUUUUGGGGACUUUGUGGCCCUGCAGAAAAAGGAAGAUCUCCAAGAGAAAACACCUUACGUUGCUUUCAGCUUCAUGUACAUUCUGGUGGGGCUGACUGUCAUUGGGGCUUUUCUCAAUUUGGUGGUUCUGAGGUUCCUCACCAUGAACACAGAGGAUGAGAGACGAGAUGCUCAGGAGAGAGCUUCACUGAAGAGGGACAAGGGUCGUUUAGAAGGGCCCACCAGCCUCUGUGUUGUAGGCGAACAGAGCAGAGACAGCCACAGGGAGAGGAACAGGGACACCAUGGUACACAGCCGCAGCCACAGCACCCUCUUCCUCCCAAUGCAGGAGGGAACCAGUCGCACCAACCUCAUUCCUUCUCCAGCCGAGGACACAGAGAGACAGCAAAGUCCCUGCAGGCACAGGCUGCAUUUUCAGAUCAAGACAGGAAGACAGAGGGAGGAGACGAGCUUCAGCUCCCUCUGCUCCUCCUGCGUGUGUUACCGCUCAGAAAUUUGUGACAGCCCUGUGGUGAACCGCAGCAAGCACCACGGAGGCCACAUUAACUCAGUUUACUACAACUCUGUCUCCUAUACAAUCGAGGGCUGCUCAUCAAGAUCCAGGGACAACACUGGACUCUCUUCCCCUGGAAGCACACUCUCACCUGAACACAGCUACCAGGAAUUUUCUAGUUUAAGGAGAAAGUCGGUAUGAAAGGGCAUUAUUGUUAGGGGAAAGAGUCUGCACAGAUUGAAAGCUGCAUCUUUUUUUUUGCCGCAUGAUAGAACUCUGUUUAUUGAAUAGACUGUCUCUUGUAGCUAUUGAAACUGGUUUUUAUUUCUAAAGAAUGAAUGUCUUUUCUCCUUGUUACUAUACAUGUGUUGUUAAUUCUGCUAUUUUGCUUGCAUGUAGCAAUGCAUGCUAAAAAAAAAAAAAGUAAAGCAACGCGACUGCAUGAGAGCUGCAUCAAAAUUGGCUUUCUUUGCCAAAUUGAACAGAGAUGGAGAUUCGAACAUGUGACUUACGUUCUCUGCAAGAACUGAGAAAUUUGUUAGUUUAUUCAAUAUGGUUGGAGUAAGAGCAACAUUAGGUCUGAUCAGGACUUUUCAAACUUCUAGACAAACUCAAAUGCUGGACCCCUAUAACAAGUUCUGCACUUGAGUGAUGGCAGAAUUAUUGACAAAAUUGCAACAUUUUCACUUUCCCUCAUUCACCACAACCGUCCCAAAUUUCUGACUGACUCCAAAAUAAUUGAAUGACAAAGCUUUUUUUGCAGAUGAUGUAUUGAGAAAAAUUUGUGAAAACUCACAAACCAGGGCUAUAGUGUCAUUCUUUCCUAAUUGAUCAUGGAGAGAUAACAAAUUGUUAAUUUUUUGUGGAGUAUGCAUAAGCCUUUAGACAAAAAAACUGCACUCAAGUCACAAAACACAUGACUUCAGGCUUGACUUAUACUUACACAGUUUCCUAAGGUGAUCAACUCUUAGUUAAUCACCUUAGGAAACUAUUAAUGAUGUCCCCCCUUGGAGUUUGAAGUUGGUCUAUUUUUGUUUCGUGGUAACAUUGAGCAGCAUUUACUGAGAGAAAGCCAUAAGAGUAGCUCUGACAGAGAGAUGUAUGUUUUCCUUUCAAGGGGUGUGUUCAAUUAAUUAAUCAGGGAUGUUUGCAAACCGUGGGCUAUAAAUGGCUCAUUGCAACCGGUUCAUGGUUAUUGUAGCAUCACAAUAAUGUCCACGCAGAUGCUACCAAAAUUGAGCUCUGUAUUAAAUGACUUUUUUUUUUGGUUUAUGAACAUAUUUAACUUACUUCCAUUAUCUUUCUUAUAAAGGUAGCGGCAUUAGAAAGCCAUGUCCUGUUAUUCAAAAUAAAUAAAAAAAAGUCCUUACUGACUGAAUUAAAAAUGUAACAUUAAUUGUUUAAUUAACAGUUAAUCUUUUUUAACCUAAAUACAAAUUUUUAUAUAUUUAUCACAAGGAAGUAUUAUACCUUAAUUAUUUUUCAAAAUGAAUUCACAGCAAUUCGUAGCCGCUGUUUUAAAUUCUGUAUUGAAUGUUUUGAAAGAGAACUUGUAAAAUGCUGAUAUGUUAAUUUAAGGCUCAGGAUGAUUAUGAGAGUCAGCUCUCCUAAGUUUGAGGCCAUGGUCCUUCAAUGGAAAAAAGGUGGACUGCCCACUCUGAGUUAGGGGUCAGUCUCUGCCUCAAGCAGAGGAGUUUAAGUAUCUUAAUGUCUUGUUCAUUAACGGUGGUAGGAUGGAGCGGGAGAUGGACAGACUGAGGCUUCGUCUGCAAGAAUAUGGGCACUGCUUCAGUCUGUUGAGGUGAAGAAAUAGCCGAGCCAAAAAGCAAGGCUCUUAAUUUACCUACGUUUCCACACCCACCUACGCUGAUGAGUUAUGGAUCAUGACAGAAAGAAUGAGAUCAUGAAUACCGACAGCUGAAACGAGCUUCCUACGGAGGGUGGCGGGACUCAGCCUUGGAGAGGGAAGCUCUGGCAACUGCAUUAAAAGUAUUCACUUGAGGUAGUUUGGGCUCCUGAUCAGGAUGCCCCCAGUACUCCUCCUGUUCGAGGUUUUUUAGGCAUGUGCCAUGGGGAGGAGACAACAGGGAAGACCGAGGACUUACUGGAGGGGGCUGGCCUGGGAACGCCUUGGGAUCCUCCAGAAUGUUCUGGAGGACAUUACUGAGGAGAGGGAUGUCUGGGACCUGUUGGCCCCUUGACUCAAUCUUGGAUAAGUGGAAGAUAAUGAGUGGGUGGAAGGAUGAGGAUUUAUAGUCAUAACUAGUGUUGCGCCGAUGCCAUUUUUUGGCCCCGAUACCGAUACCUGGCUGUGCAAUAUUGGCCGAUACCGAUACCA